AUGCUCCAUAUUGCACGCAAAAGUGCCUUCUCGGGCUACAGCAAGGCGGCACUCUUGACGCUUCUAACAGAUAUCGUCACCAGUGGCCACGUCGCUCCUGUGUCCACGGACGAACUUCCUGCUCCCACAAAGCCGUCUUCUAGUCGCUCGCGCAAGCAGUAUGCGAAGGAGCAGGAACCUCAACCCAACGCUUCUCUGACUGAAACCCCCAUUGAUGUUGUGGGAGAGACAAUGGCACAAGCCACGCAAGAAAUCAGCCUGGAGACGAAGAAGCAUCCACGGAACGUCGUACAGAAAAGCCCAAGUCAAUCUGGAGGACAAGAUAUUUCUCAGACUGAGGACGUUCCGAUGCCAGACGCCGACACAAACGUUGGUACUACUCCCGUGGCAGCCAUUGAGACAGUGAAGCAGACGGACAAGCAGACCGACACGCGCCUGGAUGAGCUCUCAGAGGGGACGAAGAAAAGUUCCCGGAAACAGAGUGUAUCCCACGCAACUCAAGCCACCGAAUCUCCCAAGGAACAAGAACCCCCCAACAAUCCGGGGAUCAUUGCUUCAUUGCAGAAAAUAUUGGAUGAUGCCAAGUCCGCCACCCUGGACCGCAGUGCCCUCAAACAGAUCGAUGACCUGUCGUUCGACAUUCGUGUGGAAGCGCAUGAGGCGCUGAGGAGGAAUACAGGUUGA